AUGAAAUUCACUCAACUUUUGUUUCAUAUCAUUGUUUGCUUCUUUUUUUUGUCACUUGUUUACGACACUAUAGAUGCUACUAAAAUUAAUAAUCCUGAGGUAGGUUUCAACCAUGAUUUUUUAGUUGGUCUCGACCAUGAAGUUCCAUCUGGUCCAAAUCCAAUCGGUAAUAGAAGUCCUCCUCCUACAAGAUACUCUUUUUCAAAAGAUAUACGUCUCGACCGUACCGUUCCAAGUGGUCCAAAUCCAAUCCAUAAUGGAUUGUCGCCGCCGCCACCACCAAAUGGACCUCCUCCCAGAAAAUACUCUUUCUCAAAGAUUAUAAGUCUCGACCGUAUCGUUCCAGUUGGUCCAAAUCCAAUUCAUAAUGACGUGCCAACGCUGCCAAAUCCAAAUGGACCUCCUCCCAAAAAAUACUACUCUUUCUCAAACGAUAUAGGUCUUGACCGUACCGUUCCAAGUGGUCCAAAUCCAAUCCAUAAUGGAUUGCCGCCGCCGCCGCCGCCGCCAAAUGGACCUCCUCCCAAAAAAUACUCUUUCUCAAAGAUUAUAGGUCUCGACCGUAUCGUUCCAGUUGGUCCAAAUCCAAUUCAUAAUGACGUGCCGACGCUGCCAAAUCCAAAUGGACCUCCUCCCAGAAAAUACUCUUUCUCAAAGAUUAAAGGUCUCGACCGUAUCGUUCCAGUUGGUCCAAAUCCAAUUCAUAAUGACGUGCCAAUGCUGCCAAAUCCAAAUGGACCUCCUCCCAGAAAAUACUCUUUCUCAAAAAUUAUAAGUCUCGACCGUAUCGUUCCAGUUGGUCCAAAUCCAAUUCAUAAUGACGUGCCGACGCUGCCAAAUCCAAAUGGACCUCCUCCCAGAAAAUAA